GCGGAUGGACACGCGCAUCACCUGUCGCUGGGUCAAAGGUAUCCGCCGACUGCAGGUGCUGACAAGGACAAAAGGCCAAACGCGACGGGUGACACACUCACAGUGCGGUCGCGCUCGGCUCCGCCCCGCCCGCCUCUCCCCAUUCUCACUUCUUUUCCCCCAGUUGCGUUGCGUGCCCCUCGUUUCCACACUUUGUUGCGCUCCUUUAGCGCCGGCGGCCCGUAGCCUCAAUCAUCAUUUCCAUUCCAUCCGGUUUCUUCCGACGACGGUGUGUACAGAGAGCAGGAUCGGACAAGUCUCUGCUGGUAGAAGCAUGGCGCAGCGCCGGCUGUUGGGCACGGCGCCGGCGCCCGCGGGCGAUGCGGCGUCGCACGGCUCGGGCUCCAGCCCCGACGCGAUGCGGAUCAUGGUGGGCGUGCUGGUAACGGUCAUCGUCUGCACGCUGCUCUACUGCGUCUACUGCUGGCGGUGGCGGAAGCGCAAUGCCAUCCGGAGAUCCCUGCUGGACAGCCUAUGGCGGCGGUCGAGCUCGGACCUGCCGCUCAUGGACCUCGCCUCCAUCCUCGCUGCCACCGACAACUUCUCCAAGGCCAACAAGCUCGGCGAGGGCGGCUUCGGCCCCGUCUACAGAGGCGUGCUGAGCGGCGGCUCCGAGAUCGCCGUGAAGCGUCUGUCAGCGCGGUCGCGGCAGGGCGCGGCGGAGUUCCGGAACGAGGUGGAGCUCAUCGCCAAGCUGCAGCACCGCAACCUAGUGCGGCUGCUGGGCUGGUGCGCCGAGCGCGAGGAGAAGCUGCUGGUGUACGAGUACCUCCCCAACCGCAGCCUCGACGCCUUCCUCUUCGAUCCGAGCAAGAGUGCGCAGCUUGGGUGGAGCACCCGGCACAACGUGAUCCUGGGCAUCGCCCGCGGCCUGCUGUACCUCCACGAGGACUCGCUGCUGAAGGUGGUCCACCGGGACCUCAAGGCCAGCAACGUGCUGCUCGACCACAAGAUGAGCCCAAAGAUCUCCGACUUCGGCAUGGCCAAGAUCUUCGAGGACGACUCCGACGCGAUUAACACGGGCCGCGUCGUCGGGACCUACGGGUACAUGGCGCCCGAGUUCGCGUUGGACGGCGUCUUCUCGGUGAAGUCGGACGUGUUCAGUUUCGGGGUCCUCCUGCUGGAGAUCUUGAGCGGGCAACGGAACGGCGCCUUGUACCUCGAGGAACACCAGCAGUCCCUCAUCCAAGACGCAUGGAAGCUGUGGAGUGAAGACCGCGCGGCCGAGUUCAUGGACCAGUCGCUGGGGCGGUCCUACUCCAAGGACGAGGCGUGGCGGUGCUACCACGUCGGCCUGCUCUGCGUGCAGGAGGACCCCGACGUCCGCCCGACCAUGUCCAACGUCCUGCUCAUGCUCAUCAGCGACCACACCAAGUUACCCGAGCCAGCCAUGCCGCCCUUGUUCGCGCGGCUCAGGAACAUCUCCUUGCUGGCGCCGCCACUCACCACCAAAACCGAGUCCACCACGUCUCCGCUGUCGAUCAACGACGUCUCCAUCACCAUGAUCGAACCGCGAUGAGCUCAUGCGUUUUGUACUUCUGACAACUGAGGGAGAGGCUUCGAGUGUAAAUUUAUAAGACUGCAAUCGUUCAGAAUGACUACUCAUAUGUACUAGUAAGUUUUUUUUUGAUGGUGUGCACAAGUGUGGGAUUUAGCUACUAGACUAGAACAUGCGGCGCCCGUAAUCGGGUCAUAACAGAUUUCUUUUUUAUGUUUAUGCAUUCUCCUAUGUGAUCCAAUGGACUAAAAUGUGUCACCACUGGUAGCAAAGAGCAUAUAACUAUUUUAAUUA